UGCUUUCCUCCUCUGAAUUCUGUGGUGACACACCCAUCUGAGGCACAGUCGUAACCAUUUUAUUCUGAUUCAGUUAAGGGAGGAUUAGUUAGAAAUCUAGUCUCUUCAGUAUUUGUCAAUGACAACUCAUCAGUUUCAGAUAUAUUACUAUACCUUUUGCCUUUUCGCUUCAUGUAGUAAAAAGAAGAUAUUGACAAAGACAUGGAAGGUGACUUGUUGCUGAUUGGCUCUUGUGGUAGAAAGAGGGCCAAUCCUUUCUACUCCAGCCAGCUAUUCAUAUAGAGCUAAGCCCGCCAUUAUUCAAAUUUGAUGCUACUGGAUACCACCUGAUCAGUAUUACAGGUUGUUGCUGUUUUAAUGCAAUGAAUGAAAAAGUCUAAAGGUAUGGUUUGGAAGAAGCCAUAUGGAUAUGGAUCAGAGGAAUGGAUUAUUGGCUCAUAUUUCAAUUCAUUUGCAAAAUAUAUUGUCCAGUUCUGAGAAUUAACUAGAUCUGGAUGGCUGCCAGGGAUUUCUCACCACAAUGGAGAGACUAGUGAAGCCAAUCUUUGUGGUUGGUGUCGCUAUGAUCAGUUUUGUUGGAAUAUGGAGGAAGGCUGUUUAUAUUAAAGGAACUGUCAGCCCUGAAAUUGUCCAAGAUGGACAAGAUGUGAUAUUGCGCUGCCAAGUAGGAGGCUGCACAUCCUCCAGGCUACAAGUCCACUUAUAUAAGUGGGAAGGCUCCAAAAAUCAAACCUUGUAUAUCCACAAUAGCACAGAGCAGCAGUACAGCGUUCAAGAAAGCAGCAUAGCAGAGAACAACACUCACAAAGGAUACUAUGAGAAUGGAUUCCUUGAAGUGACUCUCCUCCAGGUGCAGCUAGCAAACAGUGGGCAGUAUGUGUGCUCCAUGAUGUGUGAUGAUGUCUAUAAAGAAGAUAUUGUGGAGGUGACAGUAGAAGGUUUAAUUAGUGUUACUGUUGGGGAUAUUGCCAUUCUUCCAUGCCAGAUGAUUGAGACCUAUUAUCCCUCUCAUCUGGAACUGCAGUGGAGAAAAAGAAGCCCUGGGAAGAGCAGGACCAUCUAUUCUUACCAGCUUUAUUGGGAUACCUGCCCAUCAGUUUGUUAUGGAGACAACUUUAUUGCUAGGUGCCCUUAUUCAAAUGGACCCAAGAGCCAAGUAUGGCUUAGGAAGAAGUACAAACUAAAGGCAGAGGUGUUGAAACACAAUAAUCUUGGGGAUGGAAAUAUUUACCUGAAACUAAAUAACAUUCAGAAGGAAGAUGCAGGGAGAUACGAAUGUUCAGUGAACUCUAACUUGCGGCGUAAAGUGGUAAUCUACAAGCUUGAUGUGAAAGCCUUUGUAGGUGUUUCAGUUGUCGGCAAUGUUAAUCCUAAUAUUGGCAGAAUUGGACAAGAUGUGAUAUUACAUUGCCAAGUAAGAGGAUGCAAAUCUUCCAGGGUGCAAGUGCAAUUAUAUAAGUGGGAAGGCUCAAAAAAUCACACAUUGUACAUCCACAACAGCACAAACCAGCACAGGGUUGAAGAAAAAAGCACAAGAGAGAGUGAUGAUAAUGGCAUUCGCAAAGGAUACUAUAAGAAUGGGCUCCUUGAAGUGACUCUUCUUAAUGUGCAACUAGCAGACAGUGGCCAGUAUGUUUGUGCCACAACAUGUGAUGAUGUCUACAAAGAAGAUAUUGUGGAGGUGACAAUAGAAGAAGUGCCUGUCCAAAGUGCUGAAGUCUGGAUGUUCUGUGGCUUUGCUUUCCUAGCUUUCCUCUUCAUAGUAAGUUGGCGUAUUUUUAGAAAGCUAGAAGAAUUAAAGAAAGGCAAUGAACGGUUAAAGACAGAAAAUGAAAAACUAAAGGGAGAAAUGAAGGCAAAAACAGAAGAAUAUGAAGCAGGAAAGGAGCAAUUGGAGAUGGUUAAAGAAAUAUUAAAUGCCCACUUACACAAAGCUGAUGUGGUCUUGGACCCCAGGACAGCUCACCCAAAGCUAAAAGUGUCUGAAGAUGGCAAAAGCGUUUGGAACACAGGAAAUGUUUCUAAGGUUUCAGACUGGGAAGAGCGGUUUGACUCCCGCACAUUCAUUCUGGCAAAACGUGGAUUUUCAGAAGACAAACAUUACUGGGAGGUGGAGAUUGGUCAGAAGAAAACCUGGGACUUGGGAGUUGCCUCUGCAACCGCUUCUAGAAAGGGGGAGAUCACCCUGUCUCCUGAGAAUGGCUACUGGGUCAUAGGAUGUGAUGAUGGGAAAGAUUACUGGGCUCGGACAGAGCAAUGGACCCGCCUGAAAGUGAAUGGAAAGCUUACAAAAUUAGGAAUAUUCCUAGAUAAAUCAGCUGGAAGCUUAUCUUUUUAUGAUGUCUGCAGUCAUAGGAAAUUGCAUACUUAUAAAACACUUGGUGUUGGGGAGCUUUAUCCCUUCUUCUAUAUAGGCUCUGUAACUAAACAGCCAUUGAAAAUUGUGUAAUAUUUGAAAGAAAAUGAGAAUGUGGAGAAAAAAUGAAAACAAAUUCCACAGAUAGCUGAGAAUUAAUUAGCACAGGUCUUUAGUUUAACCACAAUUUCUUCUUUCUUUCUUAUAUUGGUGUCAGAGAAUAAAAGACUUGGAAUAGAAGUAAUGUUACAAGUGACUGCGCUGUGUACAGUGCCCUUCCCCAAUCAAUUUUGUGGCUCUAAUCCAGAGCCCCUAAUUAAAGCAACCUUUCCUUAGCCAGCCCAGAAACCCAUCCCAAAUUAGUUUGGGAAGGGGCUAAUUUUUAAUCAGGGUGAAAAAAAACACCUAAAUAAAUACAGAGCUGGGAGGAUGACAGGUGAGGGAGACAUUGCAUCUGAGAACUGGGGUUCAAUUCUGCACCUUUAUUAAGUGUCUUCUCUGAUUGCAAAGCAGUAUUGCUGUCUUCGCUCAAAAGUUGUCAAGCAAGGGGAGCAAUCCUGCAGGGCAAGUCUUCAGAAAAGAAGGACAGUUAGGUUACAUUGGGCAAGAAAGAGAUUCAGGUGGCAUCUUCCUUUUUCUGGUAUGGUGAAGACAGUGGGCAGAUAGAUCUUUGCCUUUUGUGGAGUUUCCAAAAUGAUGCCUGCUCGUCUUCCAGCAUGAUGCCUUGUCCCCUGACAGCCCUGGAUCACUUUGGGCCAUCCAACCUGACCCACAGUGUUUGGCAGCUGAGUUGACCCAUGCUGUUCUUGCUGAUAAAAUUUUCUUUUUAAAAUUAAUAUGAAAAGCAAAUAUAUCUUUUAUGUCUUUGACACCUGAAUUUUUCUAAACAGGCCUGAUU